AUGUCCCUUACAACAGUAAACACAAAUUUAUUUCCAGACUUGUCGUUCACGCCAUCGCAAGUACAACUAUCAAAAAAGAUAUCUCGAAAAACAGAAGACUGGACAUUCGCAAAAAAAGAGUUGAGCAAGCGAAAAGCAAGUGCCAAUGCACGCCUUAUUUACUUCGAGAGGCAACUUCAAAGACUUGAGUCUACUGCAGUGGUGGCCUCACGGCGUGAAAAAACUUCCUUCGAACAUAAAAAGAAGGAUAAUAAGAGAGGCGAGUGUCAGAAAGCAAAGACUUCGAAAAAGACCAAAAAUACAAACAAAAAAAGAAAGCGAAACACGGAUAAUUCCGACAACAAAGAUGUGGAAGAAGAUACUUCGAAAAUCAAACCAAAGGAUCAAAUUCCUAUUGUAACAUUUUUUAAUACGGUCGAUAUGUACGCACGGCCAUUUCGAGAGGAAGAUCAUCAAUUCCUACUAAAUAAAUUGACCGAAGCAGAAGAUCGUAAAACAUAUGAAAUUCCUGCUCUAGGAAGACAUUGGGAAGAUUCACGCGAUGAGGAACCGUAUAAUAGUGAUCGAGGGUAUCAUUCAGACGAGAUUGUAGAAGUAGAGGCAUUAGGCUUGGGCACCAUUUCACAUGGUCCAUUGACGAAUCGGUUGUUCAGCGCUUUCAUGGCCGAAACAACAGAUUUCGAUAUCGCGAAACUUGGGAAUAAGGCUGACAAAGAAGUUAAUGGGCACAAUGAAAAGAAAGAACUUUUCAUCCCACUGAAACAUGAAGAAAUCGGAAAUAUCGACGAAAAGCUCAAACUCGAGCUUCAAUAUGUUGGGAUAUUAGAAAAAGAUGAAGAUCUUAACGUGCUGAAAGAACAGCCUGUUGUCGCUACUACAAAUACAAACCAAAAUGGACGAGAUGAUGAUGAAGUAAAAAAUAGGCUUAUCGAAUUACAAGAAGCUUUACGAAAACAGAGUCAAGUAAACGUCACUCGAAUCUCGAAAAUAAUACCGGAACUAAGCAAGCAUAUGGCCUAUAAUCAAUUUAACGAUAUACUAGAUCAAUUAGACAAGCAAAUGGAGGAUAGCUUUGCUGUGCGAUUUAAUUUAACAAAAACUCCAAAGAAGAAAAAACCGGCAAAUACUGAAGAACCCGAAUCGAACUUAACACGCCGCCAAAGAUACACCGAAAAAAUUGGUCGAUUGUUUAACCCUGAAGAAUUUAUGCUGCCGACUGAAUCAAUUUUCGAUGAAGAUGAGGAUAUUCCAAUGUCAAAUGAGGAGUUGAUGCAUAAUUAA